CGCAGGCCCCCAGCCGGAGGCAUGUGGCUGCCGCGCAUCUCCAGCACGGCGGUGACCGUGCUCCUGCUGGCGCAGACUGGCAUCCUGCUUUUCCUGGUCUCCUGGCCCAGGCCGCCGUCCCCAGCGGUCGGCAAAGAGCGGGUGCACGUGCUGGUGCUGUCCUCGUGGCGCUCGGGCUCGUCCUUCGUGGGCCAGCUCUUCAGCCAGCACCCCGACGUCUUUUACCUGAUGGAGCCCGGGUGGCACGUGUGGACCACCCUGUCGCAGGGGAGCGCGCCGGCGCUGCACAUGGCCGUGCGCGACGUGGUGCGCUCCGUCUUCCUGUGCGACCUGGACGUGUUCGACGCCUACCUGCCCUGGCGCCGCAACCUGUCGGACCUCUUCCAGUACGCGGUGAGCCGCGCGCUGUGCUCGCCGCCCGCCUGCAGCGCCUUCCCGCGCGGCGCCAUCAGCAGCGAAGCGGUGUGCAAGCCGCUGUGCGCGCGGCAGCCCUUUAGCCUGGCCCAGGAGGCCUGUCGCGCCUACAGCCACGUGGUGCUCAAGGAGGUGCGCUUCUUCAACCUGCAGGUGCUCUACCAGCUGCUCAACGACCCCGCGCUCAACCUGCACAUCGUGCACCUGGUGCGCGACCCGCGGGCCGUGCUGCGCUCGCGCGAGCAGACGGCCAAAGCGCUGGCGCGCGACAACGGGAUCGUACUGGGCACCAAUGGCACGUGGGUGGAGGCGGAUCCCGGCCUGCGCGUGGUGCGCGAGGUGUGCCGCAGCCACGUGCGCAUCGCCGAGGCCGCCACGCAGAAGCCGCCGCCCUUCCUGCAAGGCCGGUACCGCCUGGUGCGUUUCGAGGAUCUGGCGCGGGCGCCGCUGCCCGAGAUCCGCGCGCUCUACGCCUUCGCGGGCCUGAGCCUCACGCCGCAGCUCGAGGCCUGGAUCCACAACAUCACGCACGGGGCGGGGCCCGGCGCGCGCCGCGAGGCCUUCAAGACCUCGUCCAGGGACGCGGUCAAUGUCUCCCAGGCCUGGCGCCACGCACUGCCCUUCGCCAAGAUCCGCCGCGUGCAGGAGCUGUGUGCUGGCGCGCUGCAGCUGCUGGGCUACCGGCCCGUCGCCUCCGAGAGCGAGCAGCGCGACCUCGCCCUGGACCUGGUGCUGCCGCGCGGCCCUAGCAGCUUCAGCUGGGCGUCAUCCACUGCAGCACACCCCUAA